AUGGUUUCCGAAGCAGAUAAUACCGUCCCUGCUCUCCGCAAGGUCCUGGUCUCUGAAUCUGAGCCUCUUGCUCGCCGUUUCCGCGCUCUUUUCUCUCUCAAGCACUUGGCCUGCCUACACCCUACCACAGACCAGACCCUCCCCGCCAUCGAAGCAAUCGCCGCGGGUUUUGCCUCACCCUCAGCUCUGCUCAAGCACGAGCUUGCCUACUGCCUUGGCCAAACCAAGAAUUUUGAGUCAGUCGCAUACCUACAACAUGUGGUGAAGGACACCGAGGAGGAUGCGAUGUGCCGCCAUGAGGCCGCUGAGGCGCUGGGCGCCCUCGGAUAUGCCGACAGCUUGGACAUCCUCAAAAAAUUGAGAGAUGACACAAAUGAACUGGAUAUUAUUCGGGAGACUUGCGAUAUUGCUGUCGACCGAAUUGUGUGGGAGAACUCGGAGGAGCGAAAGGCUGAGAAAUUAAAGCCUAGUGAUUUUACCUCUAUCGACCCUGCUCCACCCAUGCCCCUGGAGGCCAGCGCCGAACCCUGCAUCCCCGACCUAGAGAAGAGACUUCUAGACACAAAGCUUCCUCUUUUCCAAAGAUACCGUGCGAUGUUCGGUUUGCGCGAUCUUGCCUCGCCUCCGGAUCUUCCAACAGCAGUUGACGCUGUCAAUGCGCUGGCCAAGGGUCUUAAGGACCCCUCUGCUCUCUUCCGCCAUGAGGUAGCUUUUGUGUUUGGACAACUAUGCCACCCUGCCUCGAUCCCCAGUCUCACAGCCGCACUGAGUGACCUGUCAGAAGUAGGAAUGGUGCGACAUGAGGCGGCGGAGGCUCUUGGCAGCUUGGGCGAUGAAGAGGGUGUGGAGGAGACAUUGAAGAAGUUCUUGAAUGACCCCGAUCAGGUGGUCAGGGACAGUGUCAUUGUUGCUCUCGACAUGGCGGAGUUUGAGAAGAAUGGUGAAACUCAAUAUGCGUUGAUCCCAGAUAAUGCUGCGCCUGUUGCUGCUGCAUGA